AUGACGGACCAGCUGUACGGUUCUGGCAAGGCGUGGUUCGAACACGUCAAGCUGCUCUCGCGUGCCUGUGGCGGCGGCAUCACCGCGUGGAGGAGCGACCCCAGGGAUCCAAACGCCGGGGUAUACAUCAGCAACUCCGAAAUCGACCGCUCGUACGACGCCAGCACCCUCAAAGACCUCACCGUCAGAUGCCACCUCGGCCGUCCCUGGGACGUACGUUCGCAUACCACGUACCUCAACACGUCCAUGUCCGACAUCAUCGCCCCCGCCGGCUUCAAAUUCUGGGGCAAAUCCCAGUCCAACUUCGACCCCACCCUCACCAGGUUCGCGGAUUACGCCUCGUCCGGGCCCGGAGGCGAUCUGAGCAUGAGAAACCUUACGCUGGAACACAUCUUGACCGAGCACGAGGCGAAACGGAUCACCUACAGAAAGGUCUUUGGCGGCUCUACGCCUUGGAUCGACUCCAAGCCUUUUCAGCAGUGGUGA